UAUCUUCAUCUUCUUCCUAAGAACUCCAAAAACCUCCAUAACCAUCUCAAAUCUUCAAGCUUCAUAACUUUCUUGUUUCUCCACCAAAUCGAGUGAUUCAAGAGCCUAACUUGGCUAAUUUUUCGAGAGGAACAAAACCUUGCCCUCGGUUUUCACCGAAAACGCCCAGAUUUGCACGAAUCAAGUCGAGCUCGAAGAACCCUAAAAAUUCAAAUUUGGGGCUUUUUGCUCAAACUUCAUAAACAAGCUCUCUAAGUGUUCUCUAGCCUUUCUAAACUAAAAAGAUGGCUAAACAACGCAAAGGAAAGGAAAAGGAAACUCAAUCAGUAGAGAAUGUAGCGGUUGGGUCGAAAAGAGCAAGGACGGGAACCGGGAUUGAGAUUAGGGAAACGCCAGUAGAUGAUUUUGUUCAACCUCCACGAGGGCACGGUGAUGUUCCUUACCACCCUACGUGGAGAGAUGGACCUUUGCAUAAGCAAAAUGCAGCAUACCAAGCCGAGUUAUUCUAUGCAAAGAUGGGCGAUACACAUUCUAUUAGAACAAAUACUUGUUUCGAGAAGCGCAUCAAUAUAACCGAUCUACGGAUGUUGGGGUUGUAUGAAAAAUUUGCUGCACUCGGUUGGGAAGAAGUGUUGGGCUUUCGAGGUAACGAGAGUGGAGAGGUGUAUCUUAAAAGCGUUACAGAGUGGCUAAGUACACUAACGAAGGAUGAUGGCAAUGAUCCGCCAAGAACCGUCACAUUGACAGGGAAAGUUAAUGGGAAGCCGGCGACCAUGUCUUUGGAUUCGUUGAGCCAAAUUGCAAAACUUGAUUCUAAGGGGGAUAACUUCUACACUUAUAUCAAAGAAAAGGAUUACUUCAGUGACCCGAAGGAUAUUGUGGCUGAAAAUGUAAUGUUCUCGGAAUUGUUUUUGCUGGAAAAAGGGGUCACACUGAAGCGAGACAACCUCAAGCCAUUGGUGAGGGUGUUAUUGAGUUUGGUAUUGUCGAAUGUAGCACCCCGGUUGGGGGAUAUGAUGGGUAUACGGAAAUGGGAGUUGUUGGUGCUUUAUGCUCUCAUGACGGGGCAAAUUCAUUUGUCGUUUCGGCAGUUGGUGAUGCUUCAUAUAUGGCAAAGCCGGAACAAAAGACAAAAGAAGCUGAUUCCGCAUGCCCGUUUGAUUAGUGUUUUUCUUCGGCAACAAAGGGUGGUACCGAUUUCUGAAAAGGCUUUUCAAAAGCCACAUGCUACGUGGUCAAUCGCUGAGACGUGUGAUGGGGAUAGAGUAACCUAUAUGAAAACCAAGUUCUGGAUAAAAAUCAAGUUCGGAGAUGGAGCUAAAUUGAAGGUGUUGCAGUGGGGGAAGCAACCUCCAAGUCGAGGCGAAAUGGACGAUUUGGAUUCUAGUGAUGAAGAGGUAUUGAGGUUGAGGCGAGAAGCGGGUUUGCAAGUAAGAGAAGUUGGAGGUGAACAGCCGCCACUUAGAGGACGGUUCCAACGAUUUAUCAAGCUCUUGAAGAUCACUCAAUCGAUAUGAGCGGCUAGUUGUUUUAGUGGUUUCGUCCGGAUGGAGGGUUUUUGUAAGUUGGAUAAUUUUAUGUGUUUGUGAGAAUCGUUUAACUCGGUGAUCUAAGCAUUCGAUGCUUUUCAUCUUUGAUUUGAUUAAUCAAUUGUAACCGGUUGCAUUUAUUUAAACCUUAAUUUCUAAGCAUUCAGUUCCCGAGAGUUCUAGUAA